AUGCUGACCAAAAUAUCUCCCGCGACUUCUGCAGCACUCCAGUCAUCCCCCUCCCUCUCUUCCCCAGCCAAUGUAAUCCGCACGCUCCAAACCUCCUCCGCCACGUCAGCACCCUCAGCCACGUCCCCCGCAGUGUGCCCAGCCGCCACCCCAGCAGCAGCAUCCAGCACCCCUACCUCAUCCCCUUCCGCCACGUCAGCACCCGCCACGUCAGCACCCGCCACGUCAGGCGAGCACGCGCUAGUGGCAGGGGGGGCGGCAGCGGAGAGGGCGGUGGGGGGGUGGCUGAUGGUGUGUGCGGCGUGGGUGUGGGCGCUGGUGGUGCUUGGGGGUGUGACGCGCCUCACGCGCUCAGGGCUCUCCAUGACUGACUGGAAGUUUAGUGGCGAGCAGGCGCCCAGGAGCGAGGAGGAGUGGGCGGGCGAGUUUGACAAAUACCGACAGUCUCCAGAGUUUAAACGGGUCAACAGCAGCAUGACUGUUGAUGAAUUCAAGUUCAUUUACUGGAUGGAGUACGGUCACCGCAUGUGGGGCCGGGCGCUCGGGCUGCUAUUCCUCCUCCCAGCCGCUUACUUUGCCGCACGUGGCCGCAUCAAGUCGAAGCUCGCCGCCCGCUGCGCCGUGCUGUUUGGCCUGGGCGGGGCGCAGGGGCUGAUUGGCUGGUGGAUGGUGAAAUCGGGGCUGGAGGAACCCGCCAAUCCGCACGCCGUGCCACGAGUCAGCCCUUACCGCCUGGCCGCUCACCUGACAUCCGCAUUUGUCAUCUUCUCAGGCAUAUUCUGGACGGCAUUGAACGUCCUCUUCCCCACGCCGCCCGCAUCAACCUCCACUCAGCUGCUAGCAGCAGCAAAGCUGCGGCCGCUGGUGCACCCAGUGGCGAUGCUUCUCGGCGUCACUGCAUUCUCUGGUGCCUUCGUUGCUGGCAACGAUGCUGGCCGCGCGUUCAACACGUUCCCCAACAUGGGUGACCACUGGGUGCCGCCAGAGAUUCUGGAGAUGACUCCGCUGCACCGCAACUUCUUUGAAAACACUGCCACCGUGCAGUUCCAGCACAGGGUACUCGCUAUAAGCACUCUCGCUGCAGUGACAGGCAUGUGGUACUCGGCGCGCAAGCUGCCUCUCCACCCGCGCUCCUCCCUGCUGCUCAACACCGCCCUCGGCAUCACGGCACUGCAGGUCACGCUGGGCAUAUCAGCGCUGCUCACAUACGUGCCUGUGUCUCUGGGCUCAGCACAUCAAGCAGGCGCGCUCACUCUCUUUGCCGCCAUGCUUGCUCUCAUGCACUCGCUGCGACGCCCUAAUGCUGCCGUCUCCGCUACAGCUGUGCGCGCUGCUACAGCUGCUGCCUCUAAAUCCGUUUAG